AUGGCUCAGGAUCCAAGGUCUUCUCUAUCCGUUCCUCUUACUCUAAUCGGGGUCGAUGCUGCUCUCCGCGCAGCAUCUAAUUCUGACUCAUGUUCAACGCCGAAGGCGACUUUGCUGGAGGAGGAGUUCUCGCUUUCUGGAAGCGUUGCAGUCGUUACCGGUGGACAACGUGGAUUGGGCUUGGAAAUGGCUGAAGCACUAGCAGAAGCUGGUGCGACUGUGUAUUGUCUCGAUCUACCCGCCGAACCCGACAAAUCGUUUGGCUUAACGCAAGAAUACGUAUCAAAGCUAGGACUGCCCAGCGGUUGUCUUGAAUAUGCCGCCAUGGAUGUAACUGAUCAAAAGGGUAUGUGGGGUAUCAUUGAGGAGAUAGCGGAGAAAGAAGGCCGUUUGGAUGUGUGCGUUGUAUGCGCUGGUCUCACGAACGGAGACAGUUGUUUGGAGAUGUCUGCGGAGGAAUUUCAAAAAAUUAUGGACGUCAACGUGAAUGGUGUCUUUUAUACGGCGCAAGCGGCCGCCCGCCAAAUGAUUAAGUUGGGGAACUCCGGAAGUAUCAUUCUCAUCUCAUCGACAGCAGGGCGCGUUGCCGUCAAAGGCAAACUCGCGUACAGCGCAAGCAAGGCUGCCGAAAUUCAAAUGGCUCGUAGUUUAGCUUGUGAACUUGGUCCUCACAGAAUCCGUGUCAAUACACUCUCCCCAGGAUACAUCCGUACUGCCCAGAUGGCCGAGUUUCUGGAUAUGAAUCCAGAAAUAGAGAAAGAAUGGUCAUCUCAAAGCCUGCUCGGCCGUAUUGGUAGGCCCCAUGAGCUUCGCGGUGCAAUCGUAUGGUUGGCGUCCGAUGCGUCAUCGUUCUGUACUGGAAGCGACAUCGCUAUUAACGGAGGUCACUAUGCAUAG